GCUAUUCAUCAUCCUACCGCUAGAGGAGCUGCAGUACAAGCGCGCACCCGACGCGCGCCCCUCUCGCUCUCCUCACGGCAUUCCACAGCUGAUAGACUCUUGAGGGAUGAGAGAGGGAUGCUAAGGAAAUGUUUUCCUUUAACACAGAAAAUGGGCAACCGUAAACUCCAGCCGACAGCAGAAUGCGACUGAAAUAUCGUAGGCGAAGACCGUGAACCAGGGGUUGCCACUAGACCAGGAUGGACAGAUAUCGUCACAACGGUUACAGUAGCUAAAAUGGCACAUUUUAGGAUUGUAAACUGUUGAAAUAGAAAGCUAACUGGAUCUGGCACCAUAAUAACCUUCUUCCGGAGCUCAAUUUAUUGAAGACGGACUACACUUUUGACCUUUAGACCACGUCAUUCCUGCUGUCAAUAUGUUUGCUUAAGAAAAUUUGAAGUCUUCGAUCUUUGACGCUGCAGCGAGUGCUUCCUGAAUCCUUGAAGAUCAGUUUUUAGUACUCUUGGACUGUUGAAGAGUCAAGAUGUUUACCGCUCUGAAGAAGCUGGUGGGCUCUGAAGCAGGGCAGCUCAGGGAUCGACAUAUUCCUGCAGGCCUGCAAUCCAUGAACCAGAGUCUACAGAGACGCUUCGCCAAGGGUGUACAAUAUAACAUGAAAAUAGUCAUCCGUGGGGACAGGAACACCGGUAAAAGUGCACUUUGGCACCGACUUCAAGGGAAAAAGUUUAUGGAAGAGUACAUCCCAACUCAGGAGAUCCAGGUCACCAGCAUUCACUGGAACUACAAAACGACAGAUGAUGUAGUGAAAGUUGAAGUCUGGGAUGUGGUAGAUAAAGCAGGGAAAGGGAAAAGACGCGGAGAGAAUCUGAAAUUGGAAAACGAACCUCAGGAGUCGGAAACCGAGAUGGCUCUCGAUGCCGAGUUCCUGGAUGUUUAUAAGAACUGUAAUGGCGUGAUCAUGAUGUUCGACAUCACCAAACAGUGGACAUUCAACUACAUCCUUAGGGAGUUACCAAAAGUGCCAACACACAUCCCAGUGUGUGUCCUGGGUAACCAGCGGGACAUGGGCGAGCACAGGGUCAUCUUACCCGAUGACAUCAGAGACUUUAUCAACAGUCUGAACAGACCUCCGGGCUCCUCCUACAUCCACUAUGCCGAGUCCUCCAUGAAAAACGGGUUUGGUCUCAAAUACCUCCAUCGCUUCUUCAACAUCCCAUUCCUGCAGCUGCAGAGGGAGACUCUGUUACGACAACUGGAGACAAAUCAGCUUGACAUCGAUGCCACGCUAGAAGAGCUCAGUGUCCAGCAGGAGACAGAGGACCAGAACUAUGACAUAUUUCUUGAGAUGAUGGAGGCACGCAAAGCUUAUGGAUCUCCGGCGCCCUCUAAUGGCCAGAGCCCGUCCUCAGGGUCCCAGUCCCCUGUGGUGCUGCCCGGUGCCGCCUCUCCCAGUAACUCUAGCCCCAGUACACCCCAGGCCCCUGUCCCUCUCCAGUCCCAAUCCGCUCCGCCACCACCUCCAUCUAUACCACACCCUCCUGUCCAGAUCACAGUUGCCCAUGUACCCCAAACACCAUCUCAAAGCCUGGAGCCUUCGCCCGCAGCAACGGUACCCACACCUGCCCAACCUGCACCUUUUCCUGCCCAGAAACGAGGCUUCAUCUCACGCCUGUUCGGUUCGUCCGCUGCAGAGACUUCACCAGACAGACCAGAAACUACAGGUUCUGAAGGCCCGAAGCCCUCUGGAAAGGUGAAGAGUGUGGAUGACUUUGUGCCGGAGGUGGGAUUGGACCGGACCUUUCUGGAAGACGGUGGAACAGCAGUUAAAUCAAAGAAAAAACCUCCAGCAUCAGCUCACAUCCUGGACAGUGAUAGUGAUGGAGAGGGCCGGGGAAAUCCUCUGGUCUCUGGCUUCCAGGAUGAUUUAGAUCCGGAUGACAGAGCGCCGUGCCAGCCUGCCCUUAAAGCGGUGGUCCCGAGCGUGGGCGUCACUCUCACAAGUGAUGAAGAGGAGGAAGAUUCAUCUCUACCCUCCGUAGCCCUGCACAAAGGCAUCGGCUCAGGGACAAACUCAAAGGGAUCUUCAGCGAACUCCAUCAAACAGCUGCAAACCAUGUCAAAACCCGCCGAGAGACCCCAAAGCCUGAAAACAACAGCAGGACCUGCAGUGCAACGACAAGGUCUAAAGACAGGGGGCGCUGUUGAGGUCAACUCAGAUUCAGACCACGAAGCUCCAGUCGCUCAGCAGAUGCUUUCAUUUGUCAUGGAUGACCCUGAUUUUGAGAGCAAAGCGCUUGGCGUACACAAGAUCAAGACGGGGGCAUUUUCUGCACAAGAUGACUUUUCUGAUCGGUCGGAUGAUGGUUUUGUGUUAGCUGGACUCCCGGAGGCGCCCAAACCUGCUGCCUCCUCAUUCAAGACCCUCAAUAGCGACAUUGACCUGUUCGGCCUGGGAUUUGAAGAGACGACACCUAAGAGUAAAGACAGCAGUGAAGACCAGGAAGAUAAUGUAAGCAGACACUCCUUAAAGGACAAGAAAAAGAAGAAAAAGAAAAGCAAAGAGGAGGAUGAGAAAAGCAGCAAAAAGCGACACAAACACAAGAAAAAGGAAAAAGAUGAAGCAGGAACUGGAGACGAGAAAGAAAAGAAGAAGAAGAAAUCAUCACGGACCAAGAAAGCAGGAACUGUGGACGAUCUUGAGGCCUUCCUGGCGGGUGGAGAUGGACCAGGAAACAGUGAGGGCGGAGAUUAUGAAGAACUCUAGAGCUCCAUCUAACUAAUCAGGGUUUGACAUCAACACCGUGUGACAUCGCCAGGUCAUUUUCCAACCCAUUCCACCUGUUUUUCAGUGCCUAACCUUUUGAAUUAUCACAGCGUUUUUGUUCUUCCAGCAUCGCAGCUUUACGUUGUGCUUUCUCAAAAUUGGUACAUGGCACCGUUGUUCACCUCAUGCCGUUUUCCAAAGUGUAUCAGUAUUUUCAGACCUAGCAUUUUUUGUUAAGAACAAAGGCAGAUUUCAUCUGCUGCUUCAAUCGAUCCAGAGUUUAUUCCGUUAUUAACUGAUACAAACUCAUUCCAGCUUGGAAGUCCAUUGACUUGAGGUCACUUUUAACUGUAUUGGUUUUGUUUUCUGUGUGUCUGUCAAUGUGUGUAUAUAUAUUUGUCCCUGAAAGCUUUUGGCAACUCUGUGUGUGCUUGCGUUUUAAUUUAGCAAAUUUUAUAGAGGGAUUUAUCAGACUUUCCGUUCAAAUCUGCACAGCAGUAGGCCACAUAUUGGCCCUCAAUACACGAGCAACACUAAGUUCUGUGAAAAUAACUCGAUGAUUAUUUUCUCAGUCUCAAAUCAGAUCCCCAUGCAGUUCUACCCAACAAUUCAUGUAAGAAUAGUUUUCACAAAACAUUUGCACAGAAGUUCGUUCUGCUCAUGCAUCAUGAGACCUGAUAUCUUGUGGCAUUCAUUGUCUUCCAGACGCUAUGCAUCAUCAUAUCAGACCCACAAAUAAUCAGUUGGUAGCUAUUAAUUAAUAACAAAAGCCGCUUUUGCCAUCAGUUUCUUUCCAUUACUGCCUUAAAUUGUUUUACACUUAACGAAAUGAAAGCCUUUAUAGAGCAAUUCUAUAAAGUUAAUUAAUGGCUGAGGCUGACAUACUUCUAACACUGACAGAAUUACUGCCAGCUGGAGAGACGCACUCUUUCAGCAAUCAAAAUCAUGUUUGCAGUUAGAUAUAUGAUAAAAUUACAUUAAGUCAGAUUGUCUUUUUGAUUUUUCUUUAUAUUUAUGCAUUUACUAAACCAGUAUUAUUAUUCUAAUAAUGUGUUCUAAGGUUCAUAAUCAUAGUUUAUGGUUCCGGUCAAAAUUCUUCCUCUCCUUCCUCUCCUGUCCUGUCUGGUAAAUGUAUCCAUUUCCUUUGCUGUAUAUCUUUAUUUUUGUUAUGGCUUAUGUGACUUGUUAGAAGUUGUGUGUAGACCUAGUGUUUUAGAUUAGUUGGAUCGACCCGUACUAGAGUUCCAAAAGUACCAACUUCUGUAUCAAGUUGGUACUGAAAUUUUAAAAAUGUGACGAUACCAACAUAUACCCCUAGCGUUUUGAGCUCUUUUGAGCAGAUUGGAACACCUCUGAUUGGCCAUUGUGUUCACACGCUCAACAGAUACAUCUGUGAUUGGCUACAAUGAUCAACGCUUCAAAAACAUGUUCACUGCGCUCAACAUCUGUUGAGCGUGUGAACACAAUGGCCAAUCAGAGGUGUCUAAGAAUCAGCACUCAAAAUGCUAGGGGAAAUGCUGGUAUCGUUACAUUUUUAAAAUUUGAUUACAGACUUGAUACCGAAGUCGGUACUUUUGACAACCCUAAAUUAUCUCUGGUCCUGUGAUUUUAACCGUUUAAUUUCCUUUUUGUAUAGCCUGCUCUUUUAAUUGCUGCCCGUGCACAGAAAUUUGUACAUUUUAACAACAGCCCUGUUUGAAUUACUAAAUGUAACAAAACAGAACUGAUCUAAAAAUUAUCAAAAUAUUUUUCUCUCAUAUUUUUGCUUGACUAGGUGACCUAAAGCAGAAGAAAUUGCGUUUUAGUGAAAGAUGUAGAAAAACAGGCUCUAUAUGUAAAUUUUUAGACAUCUUGAGCAUAUAAUAGUGAAAGUAAAAUCAUAUUUUGAAUGCACACAUUUAUACUUUAUAAUAUCACCCUAAAACUGGAAAAUAUUUUGGCUUCAAAUGAUCCAAUAAUGUUAUGGUGAAUGAAAGUUAUAUAGACAAACGAUUGUUUACUCAUAAUGGGCGUCAUUCAUGAAACCGGAUCAGAAUUGUUCUUACUUCAAUUGUUGCAUCAGAUUGAAUGUAAAAUGACCAUUUUUGUAAGAAUGGUUUUAUCAGCGUGUUUCAUGAAUAAUUUCCUAGUGUUUACUUGCAAUGCCCCCAUUUUGCUUUUAUUUUCAUCAUGUGUUGAUAAAUGAUAACCAAAUAAUUCAAUUGUUGCAUCAUAUUGAAUGUAAAAUGACCAUUUACUUAAGAAUGGUUGUACCAACGAUUGAUUCUGCUUGUGAUUCAUGAAUGAAGCCCAAUGUUUACUUGCAAUGCCCUCUUUUUGCUUUUGUUUUCAUCAUGUAUUUAUUAAUGAUAACCAAAUCAUUUCUGGAGUGAAUUUUAUUCUAAUGAACUAGACUGUAGUGGAAUCUGAUUGGCUCCAUCUUAAGUGGGAGAAUGACAUCAUCCCUUUUAGCGCACCUCAGACCCCCAUCAUUUCAAAUGGUUUGAGUGGAUUUUCUGUUUUUCAAUUAUUAUUAUUAUUGUGACAAAAUAACAAUUUACUUUCCGCCUUCCAAGAGAAGGACUUGUUUUCGGUUUGAUGGUACUACGAACAUUUACCUUGGCAUCAACCUUUGAACCUGGUUGUUUCGGCCCAAGAUAUUAUUCUCUACAGACUGUCCUGCUACGGCUUUCCCUCAGGCACAGCAGUGCCGACAACUGAAUGUUGAUUCCUGCUCGUAAAGAUGUUUUUCCCGAAUCCCCCAAGGAAUUCUCAAAGAGGGACGGGCGACUAGCCAUUAAAUGACGGUACGUUUAAAGACCUGCAGAUUCCCGUGUGUCUCUUGCGACCAUCGUCUGUGUCUCUUAGGUCGUUGCAAAUGGAGCACGGCUGCCGGCUCCACAUGCACCACCGAGACCAUGUGAUGCAUCACGCUGUCACCAUGGAACCGCUCGCCUGGGAAAACUGUCUCUACACGCUCACUGUGAUAAAUAGUCACACUCUCCUGGAUAUAUGAGUACACUGUUAAUACUCUCACCCCAAACCAGCAAAAGGGCAGAAGUGCGCACCUUGAACACAUAUCAACUUCCUCUUUACUCUGCCUCAAGUAUGAUUGACUCCGAAGGGCCCUUGAUUUAUUUAUUGAUCUCUCCGUUUGGCAUGCAUAUUUUUUCCCACCGUUAAGUAAAAAAGGAGAUGGGAAAUGAACUCAUUGGUGCUGCACUAGCUUUGGACUGCAUGCAGUUACCGUCAUACUUCCUGCACAGCGUUUCACUACGACUGCUUUUAUGGACCGGAAAAUGUUUGGGAACACUAGUUUUAAACUGUAGAUUGGUUUUAUUUUGUUCAUCCAGCAUAUAUGCAUUCCAAAACCUUUGUUUGGGACCAUAAAUGGUUGUGAUUGCCUAUUUAUUUUUUUGUUACCCUGUUUCACUACCCACAGUGUUCAUAUUUGAUUUAUGUGUUUCAAUUGUGUAAUAAAUGCAAGCGAAAUUUGA